AGUGGAAGAGAAGAUGGGUGGGAGAGUUCAGGUGGGGAAAGAGAGGCGCUCAUUGAUGAGACAAGAUGGCUCAUAUGAACAUUCAUGGAAGAAAUCCAGAGAUUUGCUUGAGAAGGUUGCUAGACAAGGAGAUCUAACUGGUUAUAGAGUUCCUUGUCUCCUUAUCGCUGCUAAGGAUGAUUUAACUCCAUAUCCAAGGGCAGUACAAGAUUCAGUAAAGGUUACUCAGGAAUUGGGAAUAGAGGCACCGAUUCACGUAAGUAUGAAAUUAGGCGAUUCAAGUAACGUGUACAAUAAGAUUGUCCAUGCUGCUGAGCACCCUCAUUUAAGCAUUCCAGAAACUGAGAUUGGGAGGAAAAGAAAGCAAUACCAUCGUCUUCUUCAGCACUCUCUUGUUUUUGCCUCAGUUGGGACUGCAAUGGCAGUUGUUGGUUUGGCAGCAUGUCGUGCAUAUGCAGUGAAGAAGAAUUCUUCUGGUUAA